CUCAGUUUGAAACGAUGAUUGUUCAAUUGCAAUCGUCAUGUAUCAGAUUUUACCAACAGCUAAUUUGGACAGAACGGAGCGUGACUUUCUGAAUGCAGUGAGAAAUGGGUGCGACGGGCUGGUUAAGCGAUACUAUCACCAAGGAGUGAACAUAAGGUGCCGAACGACUGAUUCUGAAACUCUCGACUCGUACGAGGCGAAAGCGGGAAUGACAGCUGUGCACCUGGCCGCUUGGUAUGGCCACGACUUCCUUGUCAACUUCCUCGUGGACCGAGGCUGUCCCGUAGACUCCGAGGACUUCUCGGGAUUCCGACCGAUACACUUCGCGUGUGCUCAGGAAAGUUUGUUGAUUAUGUCUCAAAUGACUUGAACAUCGAUGAAAUAGAGAUAUUUUAAACUGAUAUAAAAAUUCAAGUUCUCUCAAUAUAGAUAAAUUCUAGAUCGUCUGCGUACUGUAUUGAAAUCAAACUGAAAGUCAAGUCGUACGAAAAAAGUUGAUGCAAAUACGUUAGUACAGGUCUAAUGGAAAAUAAGCAAAAACCGCUUUCCCCAAGCCUAUUAACAAAAAAUAAAGUCCCAUAAUAUUACGAUUUUUGUCAUAUGAGGGGGAGGGGGGAGGCUGUAAAAUGCUGGUGGGACUAUGAUGGGAGAAAGCUGAAAUAUAUUUUUUUUAUUCAUGCCAAUUGGGAUGAUUGUGAUUUGAGACCUAAUGCAUAGGGUAGACAUUCGGCCUUCGAGGCUCUUGUGAAGAAGGGGGCCAAUUGUGUGGGGGCGGCCAAAGAUAGCUGGACAUGUUUGCACUACGCGGCU